UAUAGCUCCAAGACUGACAAUGUCAAAACUCCUGAAACCAUUCCAAAGAAAGGACCUAAAAAAUUGAUAAUAGAUGAGAAAGGAGCGAAGUUGCCCAAUGGAGGAAUUUUUCACGUUCGUCCCAUAAAGGUGCACCUCGAAAAAGAUAAAACCUAUAAAUGGUGUUUGUGUGGAAGGUCGAAGUCACAACCAUUUUGCGAUGGCAGACAUAUACUUGGUUAUCUGAAACAUGGUUUAAGGCCCAUAACCGUUAAAGUGGAGAAAACGGGUGAAUAUUUGAUGUGUACCUGUAAACAAACUAAGAACCGACCAUUCUGCGAUGGAAUUCACACCCAGCCGCACAUUCAGGCAGCAGUUAAAUGAAUUCAUUUGCUAUGUAAAAUAUAAUUUAUAAUAUUUCAGGGAUUGAGGGUAUUUACCUAAUAUAUGUAUAUUAAAAAUUGUUCAUUUUGCAUCUAUGAA